AUGGGUACUGGCGAUUUAAACUUACUCAAAUCAUGGAACCCGCAUCUGCUAAAGAACAAGAAAAAGGUUUGGGAAAUAGAACAGCAAGCACUGGAGGAGAACAGGAAGCUCCAAGAAAGACAACAUGAGAUUGAAAAACAACGCCAACUAGAUGAGCUAACUUCGUUAACAAGGGAUGGUAAAGUACGAGAAAAGAAAUCUAAUUUAGAUUGGAUGUACAACGAUCAACCGGCGGUAGACCACGCCAAAGAUGAGUUCCUACUAGGUAAAAAACGUAUCGAGAAUUCGACUCUACUAGGUCGUCCAACAGAAGACACCAAAGAAGAUCAAAAAAACCGCAGGCGGUUCAAAAGCUCGAGUAAUCCCUCUGUUCACACCAUGUUACGCAAAGAAGAUCAAAAGCCAAGGCACGACCUUUCAAAGGAAGACCCAUUGGCAUCAUUUCAGAAGGCUAAGACGAUGCGAAAAGUAAGCCAAGCAAAUAAAGUACAAAAACCUAGUUUUCGGUCAAAAACAGGCACACUUCCUCCGAAGUACGACACUACCAAAAAAACACCUAAAAAAUCAGAUUUAGACUACUAA